GGCGGGGGCGCCGCGCACGCGCAGGGCCGGCGGCGCGCGCCGAGCGGGGGGCACCGCGCGGGUGCAGCCACGAUGGAAGGGGGUGCGUACGGAGCGGGCAAAGCCGGGGGCGCCUUCGACCCCCACACCCUGGUCCGGCAGCCGCACACCAUCCUGCGCGUCGUGUCUUGGGUGUUCUCCAUCGUGGUGUUCGGCUCCAUCGUGAACGAGGGCUACCUCAACAACAACUCGGGCGGCGAGAAGUUCUGCAUCUACAACCGCAACCCCAACGCCUGCAGCUAUGGCGUGGCCGUGGGCGUGCUCGCCUUCCUCACCUGCCUGCUGUACCUGGCCCUGGAUGUGUACUUCCCACAGAUCAGCAGCGUGAAGGACCGCAAGAAAGCCGUCCUGUCCGACAUCGGUGUCUCAGCCUUCUGGGCCUUCCUCUGGUUCGUGGGCUUCUGCUUCCUGGCCAACCAGUGGCAGGUGUCCAAGCCCAAAGACAACCCGAUGAAUGAAGGGACAGAUGCGGCUCGGGCCGCCAUCACCUUCUCCUUCUUCUCCAUCUUCACGUGGGCGGGCCAGGCCAUGCUGGCCUUCCAGCGGUAUCAGAUUGGCGCCGACUCGGCCCUCUUCUCCCAGGACUACAUGGACCCCAGCCAGGACUCCAGCAUGCCUUAUGCCCCCUACGUGGAGCCCAGCACCGGGCCAGACCCCACCGGCAUGGGUGGUACCUACCAGCAACCGGCCAACGCCUUUGACGCCGAGCCCCAGGGCUACCAGUCGCAGGGCUGCUGAGCUGCAGUGACCGCCUGCCCCUCGCCUGUCCCUGCCCCGGUCCCAGCCGCCCCUGCCCUCCCCGCCCCCCCACCGCCCACGCCCAGACCCCCGCUCCCUCCCAGGCUGCCCUGCCCAGCACCUCGUUCCACCGACGUCCAGGGCAGCUCGGGGUGGGAUGGGCCAGUAAGGUGUUGGGGGUGCAUCUACACGUGUGCAAGUCUGUCCGGCGGGGGCUGGGGGUGUUCGCGUUCAUCCGUUGUGUCGUCGAGUGUUCGUUGAGUGCCUGCUGUGUGUCAGGUGUGUGCUUGGCACCGGUGGUGAAAGAGAAACGGUCCCGGAAAGGAGGAAGACGAGGGACGGAGGAGGCCCCGUGGGUACCGGAGGUGGGAGCGGUGCGAGAGAUAGACCCGGAUGAUGCCGGGAAAGUUUGGCCCCAGGGUGGGUGUGAAUGCCUGCAGGACACUGGGAGUUGUCGCCUGCCGGAGUGACGGCAGCCCUACUGUGGGUGUUGGGGCCGUCUCCAUUUCGUGGCUGAGGAAACUGAGGCCUGGAAAAGUCAAGGUCACUUGCCCAGGGUCACUCGGCAGCCAGUGAGAGUUGGCUCCAAGCCCAGGCCACCUGACUGCGGAGCACCUGCUGUCCCCUGUCCUCCCUGCCUUCCCCAUCCCCGAGCCUGGGGCUCCACCUCUCAGUGCUAUCGUCACACUCUGGGAGGCCUUGGGGACCUCAGCCCGUGAGAUACCCUGAUUCUGCUGCAAGCCAGGGGCCUGUUCUGCCCGGCUGGCUGCUCCCGAAGUGGGACAGCCCUGUCUCUAGGCCCCUCUCCCCACAUCCCCACCAACCCCUGCCCUGGUCUCCUGUCAGGGUGGGAGGGCCCGGGGGGCUUGCCUCACUCGCCUGUUUCACCCAUGUACUGCUCCGUGCCGUGCGUGCCCCACCGGGAGCUCCGGUGGCCUCCCAAAGGACUGACCGCUGUCCCUGCCCAGGGCCGGGUGGGCGAGGAGGCCCAAGGUCACAGCGAGUAAGUGGCAGAGCCGGGCUCACUGCCCGGGGUUCUUGGUCCCAGCCACUCAGCAGGUGCCCCGAUUCCCUGCCCUCGUGACCUCCCAGGAAACGGAACUGAUCUGGAACACUGUGUCAUCUUUCCCUCGGCCAGGGUUAGCCAGGGGGGCUCAGGGGCUGGAACUGCCAAGGACCCAGAGGGUCCUUCCACUGGCCUUCCAAAAGGCCUGAUGAGAGGACAAUGUGGGAGUCAGAGUAGAGACAGCAGGGACCCUGGGCCCAGCAAAGCCAGCCAUUGAGCUGCUGCCAUGGGACAAACGGCUCCCGAGAUGAAUGCUGAAAGUCCCUCGGUGCAUGGCAGGCUCAGGGGGAGGAGGCCUGGGCUGUAGUGGAGAUGGUAAGCAGGCAACUCCAAAGGCACAAGGAGGAUUGGGAGCAGAGAGAGACUCUUGCACAAGUGGGCUCUUCACUGAGCCUUGAGGGGCGGGGAGGCCUUACAGGAUGGAGGUGUGGGGGGGCAUGGGGCCCAGCGUCCACUGGCCAGUGCCUCGGGGAGCAGGGCAAGGGGAUUGUGGCUCGGCACCGUGCUGGAUGUCCCCGCCACCGGCACCCCGUUCCCCCACCAGAAUCCUCAGAGGCAGGUGACACUCACUCCCGCAGACUCCGCUGUUACACCAGGGAUUCAGAAGGCAUGCAAGCCGGUGGUCCAGAGAUGGGCCCCAAACCCGCCGCUACCCAGGGUCCCCCAGAGGGCAGUGUGCUAUAUGAGAGCUUGUGAAGGGGUGAGGCUCCCCGAGGAGGGGCAGGAGCAGCACCGCAGAGGGAGAGAGAGGGAAUUUCCCAGGUAGAGAAGUGGCACCGCUGUCCCCGCUUAACCGCAGAGGAAACAGAGGCUCAGAGUGUGAAUGAGUUAGCGGCGGAGCAUGCAUCUGAACCCCAGCCUGUCCAAGCCCUCCCCGGGGGGCAGCAGUGACAGCAGAGAACCCCAGGCAGCUGAGCAGCAGCUCAGGGUUGCUGACUCCGGGUUUUCCACAUCUGGCGGAGGGACUCUGUCCAUGGUACCCUGGCUCCCGGUGGCCCGAGUGGGGACGGGAUGAGGUUGCGGUAUCUGCCAGGCCGAGCGGUGGAACCUGUUACCAGACCAGGUUUACGAAGCAGGUAAGGGUGCGGGUAGUCGUGGGUGUGCUUCGGCAAAGUGAAGUCCUGUGCCGGUGCGGGAGGCUGUGAGAGGCCCUUCCCUUCACCCACUCCCCACCAAGCACCUCCCCUGCCGAUGGACACAGGGGGAGCCCAGGGCGCUGUCCGUCCGUUCUCCCUGGGCACCGACUAGCUCCUCGUGAUGCUAGGAACCACUUAAGCUUCAUCCAACCCCUGGGUGUUCCUCAUAGACUCUCCCUGCCACCCCAGACUGGGAAAGUUUACAGGACGCCUGCCAGGAGUGAGGGGCACCGAAUCCUCUCACUUUGCAUUCCUCCCUUGACCUGGGGCGCAGACCUGGAGUACAGCCCAGAUGUGAUCCCACCAUCAGGCUGGCUCUUGACAGGGACCAGCCAGUGGUGGAGGGAGAGAGGGCAGAGGGUGGGAUUUGGCUGAGACCCAAGGCUCCUGACUCCCCUUUUGGGAGGUUGGUAGCGACGUCCUGCUUCUUCCCCUGGCCAAGGACAGCCCCCCAGGGCCCCCAAGGUGUAUUCACAAGCCAGUGGUGUACUCUUGCCUCCCUCUGCCUCUCUCCCCGCACCCCCUGCUCCCACCAAGCACAAGAGAGGGCUCAGGAAAGCUGGGUUCCGCGUAAGUUUAGAGCUGCAAGGACCCUUAGAGAUAGUAGAGUCAGCCGGGAAGACAGUGACUUGUGCAAAGUCACACACAGAGGCAGAGGUUUGGGAUCCGGGUCUCUUGCCUCCGAGUUAACACUCAUCCUGUGCCGUCAAAACCCGUCUGCCUGGGGGUGUCUUCUGGUACCUGGGGGUGUAACCGUUGGUCUAACUCCCCAGGGACUGGCAUCCGCUCCCUACUCCAACCUUCCCUGGUGAGUUUUGAUCUUCAAAGACUCUUGGGGGUCCCAGGCUUCCCCCAUGUAACCAAGAGCCCCCACUUGUUACCCCUUGAGGGCCCCCCAACCUUGACCCCAGACCCCUUUGAUUGUCUAAGGAGCAGGAAGAGGGACCACCCUUCCAAAGAGUUUGUAGGAGGAUGGGCUGGUGCAGUCGCUUCCAAGCGCUGCCCGUCGAUGUGACACUCCCCCUCCCCUGGUGCCCACAGCCCUCGUCUGGGUGUCCCGGCCCUCCCGCAGCGUAACUGCCUGUGUAUAGUAUAAAUAUAUAUAUUUUCUAUAUAUAAGAUGUAUAAUAUAAGGCUCCACAAAUAUAUCUCUGUGUGUGUGCGUGUGUGCAGUGAAUGGCGGUCCCCCUCCUGGGCCCCCACUCUGGACUCCCCCACCACCUGGUUAAGUCUCAAGAGUGAAUCCAGUGGCCCCGUGGCACCCUCGUUUAUGACAUCUGUCCAUUUGUGGUGAACCAAGUGAAGGUGGUGACUUCUGGUGACAUAGUAAUAAAGUGAAGACAAAACCCA